AUGCCUAGUCCCUCGAGAGAGGCUCACCCUCCGCCUACGUCGCUCCCCGCCCCGGGACAGAUCGACCUCCAAGUCCCUCCCUCUCCGCGGGCGCAUCGAGCUCUCCGACGGCUACAAUCUGCUCACACGCUCGGGGCUGCAAGGUCCUCCAACCAGCCGUCUCUUAUUUCACAACAGCGUCGAGACCUGCAGCGAAAUGCCUCGCCGACCCGAGACCCAAAGGCUACUCGCUCGCCUCAGCGGGGCCGCGCCAACAGCGACGCUGCUUCGCCAUUGAUGCACCACAUGGGUGCUGUGGCCGCCUUGAAGCGCUCCGGAUUGAAGAAACCCCUCUUUUCACACGGACACCUGUCGCUUCAGCAGAUAUUCCGUGAUGGACCGAGUGAUGGUGACUUCCUGGGUGCUCUAGAAAGUGCCCGGUGGAAGGUUGUUGAUGAGGGUAUCAAGAGCGCAGAGGACGGAAUGUCCCCCUUGAGGAUAUACGUCUGGCUGGUUCUUUUAGAAGCUCCCAUCAUGCCCACGGAUGAAUACCUUGGCUUGAUACACCGCGGCGCUUCGCCAGCAUAUUCAAAAAUUCGCAACGACACCUUCAGAACCCUCACCACAGACCCUUUAUUCCGACGAAGGGUGAGCGAGGCCAGCUUAAUUCGGCUCCUGAAUGCCAUCGCAUGGCGAUUACACGAUGCUAAAGAGGACCAACGGCAGAGCAGUCGUCCUAGCAGUAGUCAUUCGGUACAUCCGAGACAGAGCCUUGGGGGAAGCGUUUCCGGAAAUUCUCAAACCAGGUCUGGCAUAGGUCCCGAGCCCGGCACCUACGUGCAAGGUAUGAAUGUCCUGGCGGCUCCGUUCUUAUACGCUGCCCGCAGUGAGGCCGAAGCCUUUGUUGCAUUCUACUCCCUCCUUACCAAGGAGUGUCCGGCGUAUAUCCGUGGUGCCAUGGACGGGGUGCAUCGAGGCCUUGGGCUUGUCGAUAAAGUGCUGGCCAUCGUAGACCCCAAGCUCAGCAUGUACCUCACCGCCAAGGGGCUCUCGGCCGAGAUAUACGCCUUCCCUUCGGUCUUGACUCUGUGCGCUUGCACGCCGCCCCUGCCGGAAGUCUUGCGGCUUUGGGACUUUCUGUUUGCAUACGGCCCGCACUUGAACAUCCUAUGCAUCGUGGCACAACUGACCAUGAUGAGGUCCCAGAUUCUCCAGUCCCCAAGUCCAAACAAAGUCCUCAGGUCGUUCCCCCCCUUGAACUCUGACUUGAUCAAGAGCGUCACCAUUGGGAUUAUCAAGCAGAUCCCCGAUGAUGUGUACUCUGAAAUUGCCUCGCACGCAAUGUGA